CUCCUUUUUCAGAAUUCAGAACCUUUUCAUCUUUAUUCUCUACCAUCAACACAACACAUAAAAAAAUCCAAUUGCUUAAAACUCAUAACAAACAAAAUGUAUCAACCAAUUUCGACCGAGCUACCUCCGACGAGUUUCAGUAGUCUCAUGCCAUGUUUGACGGAUACAUGGGGUGACUUGCCGUUAAAAGUUGAUGAUUCCGAAGAUAUGGUAAUUUAUGGGCUCUUAAGUGACGCUUUAACUGCCGGAUGGACGCCGUUUAAUUUAACGUCCACCGAAAUAAAAGCCGAGCCGAGGGAGGAGAUUGAGCCAGCUACGAUUCCUGUUCCUUCAGUGGCUCCACCUGCGGAGACUACGACGGCUCAAGCCGUUGUUCCCAAGGGGAGGCAUUAUAGGGGCGUUAGGCAAAGGCCGUGGGGGAAAUUUGCGGCGGAAAUAAGGGACCCAGCUAAAAACGGCGCACGGGUUUGGCUAGGGACUUAUGAGACGGCUGAAGAAGCCGCGCUCGCUUAUGAUAAAGCAGCUUACAGGAUGCGCGGCUCCAAGGCUCUAUUGAAUUUUCCGCAUAGGAUCGGCUUAAAUGAGCCUGAACCGGUUAGACUAACCGCUAAGAGACGAUCACCUGAACCGGCUAGCUCGUCAAUAUCAUCGGCUUUGGAAAAUGGCUCGCCGAAACGGAGGAGAAAAGCUGUAGCGGCUAAGAAGGCUGAAUUAGAAGUGCAAAGCCGAUCAAAUGCUAUGCAAGUUGGGUGCCAGAUGGAACAAUUUCCAGUUGGCGAGCAGCUAUUAGUCAGUUAAGAUAUGAGCUAAGAACUCAAUUGUUAAGUUUGGAGUGAAUAGAAACAGCAAACUACUCCACUUUGCUCAUAGUUGGACCAAGGAGGCCAUUUGUAUUAUGUCUAUGGCGUGUAAAGUGUCACCUUUCAGUUUAAAAACAGUAUUUCUUGUCCUCACUUUGGAUUGAUUAAAUGGAUAAUACUCGCUUUCGACUGGGUUACUCUAGUGGUGAGCACCCUUCACUUUCAACCAAGAGGUUGUGAGUUCGAGUCACCCCAAGAGCAAGGUGGUGAGUUCUUGGAGGGUGGGAGCCGAGGGUCUAUCGGAAACAGCCUCUCUAUCCCAGGAGGGUAGAGGUAAGGUCUGCAUACAAACUACCCUUUUCAACCUCCACUAGUGGAAUUAUACCGAGUAAAGUGCCAAAAGGUCGUAAAUAAUAAAGGACGUUGUCGUUAGCACUAUAGAAUGACAACCAAAGUAUAUCUUCUUAAUUGAGUGAAAAUUAAUUAAAACCAAAAGGUUCAUAUUAGUAAAGGAAUUAAGUUACUAUUAUUCGCUCUGAUCCAUAAUAAGUGAUCAUUUUACUUUUU